AUGGAGACACAGCCAAAGCGAGAGCGAAGCAGAGUUGCACAGCGCGAGUAUCGCAAACGACAUGCUUCCAGAUUCAAUACACUUAAAGACGAAAACCAGAGGUUAAGAGACGCUCUUAAGCGUAUAGAGAAGCUUGCCCAGAAACGCGGCGGAAAAGAUCAGGAGCUCGAGACUGCCCUUGCAGAAGCGAGGGAGACCGUUGGAGAUGAGGGCACAAGCGAUGGAAAUGGCCAGAGAGCCACUUCCAGCUCAUCAGGAGCCUCGGAUCCUAUCACAUCCGAGAGAACCUCUGACAUCUCGGAGCUGCUAUCCUCUGAUAUCCAUUUACACACACAGGCCCUUGGCCAAGACACUGCACAGAAGUUGAGUCUAGCACAGCCACUAUGGACCGACAUCGACCACUUGGCUCGCAUCUUCGAGGCCCCUUCAGACGCACGCAGAUAUCUAGGAGAAGGUCUCUACACAUUCGCAGGAAGCCUAUACUGGGCAUGCACAAGAAACACCGUAUCGUUGUGGGAGACUCACAAGCUCAACAUGCUGGGCAAACCUGGCCCACCGGACAUGAACCCCAUGGACAGACUCUUCAACCACAGCAAACAUCUCACCGACCGACGAUUCAUGCUCUCCCUCGCCCUAGCUCGUCUCGAGUACAAGCAAAAGGGCUUCAUCGAACACCCCCACGCAGAGACAGAAAUGAUCUACAGGUCCGUCCUCCCUGAACUGCGCAAAAAGAUGGAGCAGGAACUCGUCGCCAAAGGACAAGGAAUGGAAUGGUGGAAGACGCCGCGCGAGGUGGAAAGUCACCUGAUGAAGUACCUUGAACCGUCCGAGGUGGACGAGUUACAGGCUCUCAUCGAGGGAAGAGGAUCGGCGGCUGUUUUGACAAAGUACAAGCCUCUGAUGGACAUGAUGAUUGAUGAGUUUGUUUGCUUUGCUGAUGGUCCGCGAUGGAAUCUUAUACAUGUUGCUAUGGCUGUUGGAAGUUGGCGGAGCGAUCACCCUAAACCUUCAGAGAUGGGGAUUGGAGCUUAA